CGAAUCAUGAUAUUACGGCCAUCUAGGGUUUACUUACAGGACGGUUGAGCCGGAGAUGGUGCGAGAUGGAGAUGAUAAUGGUUCCUGCAGCACAUACGGAAGGAGUGAACGCCAAGGAAAUGUAGGACGUCAUGGCUCCGAAUCGAAACAACCUCCUUUGACGCUCAAUAUGUUGUUCUCGGUGUCCACGGCCGCCGUUCAAUCUGUAUUUCUAAGUCCUCCUCGAUGUAUGAUGUAGGUGCUUGUGUCGUAAGUCCAGCCAGGCCGAUCUUGUCAGCGACCUCUUUGGCCCGUCUGGAAGGGCUGCUGCUUUGAAGCAUAAGGUCGCGCACCAUGGCUAUAAGAUCUACUCUGAAGACCCAUAACCCAGCGCCUCUCCGUUCUGUACGCAGGAACAUUCAACUUCUAUCUCUACCCUCGACAAUUUCACCUGUCUUUCUGGGUAUAUUGUCAUCAAUCGAAAGCACGCGGGAUUGAGAGCAGCAAACAUGGUUUCGACUGAGAAGUCAUCGAGUGUAGCUCGAAGCUCGUCGGAUAUAUCCGAGAUAUCGUCCGAUGAUGGAGCUGCGGGUUUCAAAUCUUACCUACGCGUUUUUUCCUACGCAGAUGGAUUCAGCUGGUUCUUGAACGUACUAGGCACCUUUGCUGCCAUAGGUUCAGGCAGUGUUCUACCUUUGAUGGACCUCAUCUUUGGCAAAACUGUCACAACAUUCAACGAUUUCGGCAUAGGUGCAAUCAGCCCUGCAGAGUUUCGAUCGAGGUCCGUCGACUGGACACUCUACUUCAUCUACCUCUUCAUUGCCAAGUUUGUCCUUACCUAUGUCUGGAGCCUCUGUUUCAACCUUGCGGCCCUUCGAACAACCAAAGCACUCCGCAUCCACUUCCUCCAGCAAACUCUACGGCAAGACAUUGCAUUCUUCGACGAGGAAGGCAAUGGCUCCAUUUCAAUUCAGGUCACAACCAACGGCAAUCUCAUCAAUACUGGUAUAUCAGAGAAAGUUGGUCUCAUCAUCCAGGGGGUCGCCACCUUCGUCGCUGCUUUUGUUAUCGCCUUCGUUGUGGAUGCAACCUUGACCGGCAUCACGUUGGCUGUUGUACCCACUAUUGUCAUAUCAAUGGUCGUCGGCGUCAUAGUCGAGACGAUCCAGGAAGGGCGAAUCCUAGCGUUCUACUCCUCCGCCGGCCAAGUGGCCGAGGAGAUUGUAGCAAGUAUGCGAACCGUUCAUGCAUUUUGGGCACACCCAGCACUUGGUGGGAGAUACAAUUCGCUGCUAGACAGCGCCAGAAAAGAAGGAAUGAAGAAGUCUCUGAAUAUCGCCUGUUACUACUGCGUCGAAUUCUUCUGCAUAUACGCAGGCUAUGGACUCGCCUUUUGGCAAGGGAUCAGGCGCUACGCUCGUGGAGAGACGUCACAACCAGGCAGCAUAGUAACUGUCAUUUUUGCAGUAAUACUAGCGGCAACGGCCAUAACCCAAGUUGCUCCCCAGCUGAUGCAUCUUUCCAAAGCGGCUUCUGCGGCGGGUGCGUUGUUCAAAGUCAUCGACCGAAAGCCAUCCAUAGAUGCAUUAUCCAAUUCAGGUAAAAGACCAGCAAAAUGUGACGGUACAAUUGAUAUCAAAGGGCUUAAAUUUGCCUAUCCCAGCCGCCCUAAUGUUCACGUUCUCCAGGGGAUGGACCUCACGCUACCUGCUGGGAAGACUACUGCAUUAGUUGGAGCAAGUGGUUCGGGAAAAAGCACUAUCAUUGGAUUGAUCGAGCGAUGGUAUAAUCCAAUCGAAGGGUCAAUAAGUCUUGAUGGGUGUCGCAUCGAAGAGCUGGACAUUGAGUGGCUUCGCACAAACAUCAGGCUUGUACAACAAGAACCUGUAUUGUUCAAUGUGACGAUUUUCGAGAACGUGUGCUAUGGGUUGGUUGGUACUGAAUGGUAUAAAGCCUCUGAGGAAAAGCAGAUGGAGCUUGUCCAGAGUGCCUGCAAAGCCGCAUUCGCUCAUGACUUUAUUGAAACGCUCCCAGAGGGAUACCAUACCCAUGUUGGCGAGAGGGCUGGUAGACUCUCUGGUGGACAGAAGCAACGCAUAGCCAUCGCUAGAAGCAUCAUAUCCAAUCCAACCGUGCUACUACUGGAUGAGGCUACUUCUGCGCUCGAUCCGAAGGCGGAAUCGGUCGUACAGGACGCACUUGACAACGUGUCCGCUCAAAGAACCACCUUGAUCAUUGCCCAUAAGCUCUCCACAGUCCGAAAGGCAGACAAUAUUGCUGUGAUGUCUGCGGGAGUGAUCAUCGAACAAGGCACGCAUGACCAGCUUUUGGAGAUCCCUGAUGGCGCAUAUGCUCGUCUGGUCAAAGCACAAGACCUCGGCAAAAAACAUGACGGUGGACUCAUUACUGAUGACGAAGAAAUCCGCCGCGGCGAAGAGAACAUGCAGCUGCUCCGAACCAAGACUACAGAAGUCCAAGUCGAAAGUUUUUCCGAUGAUCCGUCAACGCCGAAAAGGAGUAUGGGGUAUGGACUGCUAAAAUGCAUUUACUUAAUCAUCAAGCAGCAGAGAUCUUUGUGGCUGUUAUUCUUCCUCGUUCUUAUUGAUGGUACACUCGGUGGUCUCGCGUACCCGGCGCUAGCCAUACUGUUUGCUAGGAGCAUAACUGCUUUCACUUUACCGCCAGAUGAAAUGGUCGACCAGGGCGACUUUUACGCACUGAUGUUCUUCAUUGUCGCCAUAGUAAUUCUGCUGGCUUACUUCAGCAUGGGUUGGUGGACAAAUCAAAUUUCCCAGAUUCUCACAUACAAUUAUCGUUCACAAAUGUUUCAUGAUACAAUCAGACAGGACAUGAGUUUCUUUGACAAGCCAGAAAACACCGUGGGUGCAAUCGUGUCACGGCUGUCAAGCCAACCAACACAUGUUCAAGAGCUGCUCUCCAUGAAUGUCGGGAUUAUCAUAGUGGCUAUGGUCAAUGUUGUAUCCAGUAGCAUCCUUGCCAUAGCUAUCGCUUGGAGACUUGGACUCGUCGUUGUGUUCGGUGCGCUCCCCGCACUUUGUUUCUUUGGCUACCUUCGGAUUCGACUGGAGUUCGCCCUUGACGAUGCAAUCACACAACGGUUUGCAGACAGUGCUGCUUUGGCUGCUGAGUCUGUAUCUGCUAUCCGAACUGUGGCAUCACUUGCCCUCGAGCGCACAAUUCUGGACAGAUACCGAGAUAGCCUUGCUUCUAUCGAGCAGCGCUCCGCAAAAUUCCUGCUCUGGACCAUGUUCUGGUUCUCCUUAUCUCAGGCAGUCAAUCUUCUCGCCAUGGCACUAGGCUUCUGGUAUGGAUCCAGACUUAUCUCCUUCGGGGAAUAUGACCUCCAGCAGUUCUAUAUUGCAUUCCUCUCUGUGCUCUUCUCAGGCGAAGCAGCAGCACAAUUCUUCUCAUACUCCACCAGUAUUACAAAGGCCGUUACCUCGGCCAACUAUAUCUUCUGGCUCAACGCCCAGGUUCCAAAUGUCCGCGAAAUAGGUCCUAACUACGGGCCAACAGACUCCGAUACCACCGAUGAGUGCAGAGGCGCAUCCAUCCAGGCUCAAGAUAUCCAAUUUGCAUACCCCGAACGUCCCAACAUCCCCGUACUCCGGGGCGUCUCUGCAACUGCAAGACCCUCUCAAUCAAUUGCUUUCGUUGGCCCCUCGGGCUGUGGCAAGACGACCAUGAUCGCCCUUCUCGAACGCUUCUACGACCCUGCCUCCGGCCGCUUCCUCUUCAACAAGCAGGACAUCAGCACACUAUGUCCGCGUGCAUACCGCACUAACAUCGCGCUCGUACAGCAAGAGCCCACAUUGUACGGCAUGUCGAUCGCGGACAACAUAGCACUCGGCAGCCAUGGCACCGCAACAGAGGUUGAAAUCGAAGACGCGUGUCGCAAGGCGAAUAUCUACGACUUCGCGGCCUCACUUCCGGACGGACUGCGUACGUUGUGUGGAAAGAGUGGCACGCAGCUGUCUGGCGGACAGAGACAGCGUAUUGCGAUCGCGCGAGCGUUGAUACGUAAGCCGAAGCUGUUGUUGCUGGACGAGGCGACAAGUGCGCUUGACACGGAGAGCGAAAAGAUUGUCCAGGAUGCGUUGGAGAAGGGCAGUGAAGGCUGUACCAAGGUCGCGGUUGCGCAUCGUUUGAGUACGGUCAAGGGGUGUGACUGUAUAUUUGUGUUUGCCAAGGGCAAGGUUGUUGAAAGGGGAACACAUGAGGAGCUGAUUCGGCGGAGGGGGGUUUAUUUUGAAAUGUGUCUUGGGCAGGGGCUUGAUUCGGCGUAGGUGGACGAUGUUGUCCGUCAAGCGGGUCUUUCUCACGUCAUGUAUAGAGUAUAGACGUUGUGCGUUCAGUAAUACUAUACAAAGUCAAGAACGCGUCUUUAAAGC